AUGACCGAGACUUCCGUUAUCAGACACUACAAGAAACAACUGAUUUACCGUCAGCACGAUGUACCUGACCGCGACGACAAGGGCCCGCACUUGUUCAACGAAGUGAGCAACACGAAGAUUUACGACCUGGUGGAGGAGAAGAAGAAGGGCGAGGCGCCGCCGAACGGCCGCAAGGUGAGGAGGAAGAGGAAGAACAAGAACUGCAGGGGGCAGUUCCGGCACGAGGGCAUGGAGCUGAUCAAGCUGGGAACGACUCCCUCGCACACCCUCUGCAAAAGCAAGGAGCCUCUCAGCCGCCUCGUCGACAAGCCGCCGCCCCCCGAGCCCCACAAAGACGACCGCAGCGUCCCCCAGUCCGCCCCCAGCACACACGAGCCAGUCAUUCGCGCCGCCUACACAGCCAAGACAAUACUCGAAAGCCCGCAACCGCCCCACUUCGGACACGCACUGCCCCAGAUGGUCCCCGAGCGCCGCCCCCGCAAGCAAGACGAGCCCCUCCCUAAGACACCGCCCGCCCCCCGGCCGCUCCUGGCCGACUACCGCCCUUACCCGGCCCCGCCCGCCUACCCCCACCCGCUGCCGUUCCGCCCCGCCUUGCCACCGCCGCCGCCCUACCCCAUAGCGCGAUCGCCGCCGCGGCCCGUCCCCCGCACGCCCAUCCGCCCCAUCCCCAUCCAGAAGGCCGCCUACCCGGGGAUGCACUUCCCGUUCUCGCGACAGGAGUACGAGCUGCAGGAGCACAAGAGGCGGCGGCACGAGGAUAAAGUGGUGGCGGCGAUCGACCUAACGGUGGACGGCAAGGGCGGCGGCAAGCACCGCUGCCACUGCGAGUGCGGCAAGACGUACUCGAGUGACCCAGUGACGCAAGAAGUUAUUAUUACUGUCAGUGAGAGGGAUUCUUCGCAAGUGCCAAGUUAUCUGAGGGGGAAGAUGGUGAAUGGGGUGCUGAAGUUCGAGGGGGAGGCCAGGCAGAAUGGGGUGGUCAAGGCCAGCACGCCGGUGAUCACGAAAGUUCCAGGUCGAGCAGGUGGUGAGGGUAAGCUGCCACACUUGUUCCGCAUCGACGAUCUCUUAGCCGAAAAGCAGAAACCUCCCGACGCAAAAGCGCGAAAAGAAGACAUUCCUGUUCCUAUUCGUACCGAACCAAAUAGGGUUAUAGUUAGUACCAAAAGCUUAGAAGAACCAAUUCCUAGACCUAAGUCCAAAGACUACACCGUCAGUAAUAUAAUAGGUGAUAACAGAAGACAAUCAGUCGAUAUCGACACCAUUAGCAUCAGUAGCAGCAGUAGCGAGUCCGUCAGGUCGCCCCGACCUAAGUCCACCGGACUAGAGAAACAAAUUCCUCAUGGCAAACUUUUCUACUACAAGAGCAACAACAGCUUCAUCCGGUACUUCGACGACACGCAGAAGAAGCUGUUCAUCGACAGCAUAACCUCAGACGGCGCCUACGACAAAACCCCCUUGGAAGACAAAGAGGUGAUCGGGCUGCCGAAGAACACCUUCUUCAGCUGCAAGGACAACCUCACCGUCGAGGAAUACGUAUCCGAGAUGACCUUGGUCGAGAAGUUCAUCCCUCGGGACUUUUUUCUUUUCUACAAGUUCGUAACCGGGUAUCAGAUUUGCAACAAUAAUCUUCCCGUUUCGUUUCUGACAUUCUUGAAAGUGUACAACACGAAUGGACUGAAAACCUUACUUGAGAGAUACGUCAGCAGUCUGAAACAAAACUGAAGCACACUUUUAACUGAGAGUAUUAUAUUUUUAUAGGUUUCGAAAGUUUCUGCGUUUAUUUAUUGUUUUUGUUACUGUUUUUACUACUUAAGCCAUUUUGUACAUACAUUUUAAUUUAUAAUGAAUUUUGUAUUGUUCGAUUCGAAAUAAAAGUUGUCAAAGCUU